CUCACCUGCGACAGGUGCUCCGGGCGGACCUCGACGAGCGCGGACGGGCGCGGGGCCGGGCGCUGCGGGGAAGAUGCUGCACGAGCGGACGGUGCGGCUGCAGUACGGAAGCCGCGUGGAGGCCGUGUACGUGCUGGGCACCUACCUCUGGACCGAUGUCUACAGCGCAGCCCCAGCCGGGGCCCAGACCUUCAGCCUGAAGCACUCGGCGCGCGUGCGGGUGGAGGUGGUGCGUGACGGGCAGGCCGAGGAAGUGGUCACCAACGGUAAACAGCGCUGGCCUCUCUCACCCACCACCACGCUGCGGCUCACCAUGAACCAGGCGAGCACCGAGGCCAGCAGCGACAAGGUCACCGUCAACUACUAUGACGAGGAGGAGAAUACCCCCGUCGACCAGGCCGGGCUCUUCCUCACGGCCAUUGAGAUCUCCCUGGAUGUGGAUGCGGACCGGGACGGUGUGGUGGAGAAGAACAACCCGAAUAAGGCAUCCUGGACCUGGGGCCCUGAGGGCCAGGGGGCCAUCCUGCUGGUGAACUGUGACCGAGACACGCCCUGGUUGCCCAAGGAGGACUGCCACGACCAGAAGGCCUACAGCAAGGAAGACCUCAAGGACAUGUCCCAGAUGAUCCUGAGGACCAAAGGCCCGGAGCACCUCCCCGCCGGAUACGAGAUAGUUCUCUACAUUUCCAUGUCGGACUCGGACAAAGUGGGCGUGUUCUACGUGGAGAACCCAUUUUUCGGCCAGCGUUACAUCCACAUCCUGGGCCGGCGGAAGCUCUACCACGUGGUCAAAUACACGGGCGGCUCCGCGGAGCUGCUAUUCUUCGUGGAAGGCCUGCGAUUCCCCGACGAGGGCUUCUCCGGCCUGGUCAACAUCCACGUCAGCCUGCUGGAGUAUAUGGCCGAGGGGAUUCCCCUGACACCCAUCUUCACGGACACCGUGCUGUUCCGGAUUGCUCCGUGGAUCAUGACCCCCAACAUCCUGCCUCCCGUGUCAGUGUUUGUGUGCUGCAUGAAGGACAAUUACCUGUUCCUCAAAGAGGUGAAGAACCUGGUUGAGAAAACCAACUGUGAACUGAAGGUCUGCUUCCAGUACAUGAACCGAGGCGACCGCUGGAUCCAGGAUGAAAUUGAGUUUGGCUACAUCGAGGCCCCCCACAAAGGCUUCCCCGUGGUGCUGGACUCCCCCCGAGACGGAAACCUGAAGGACUUCCCAGUGAAGCAGCUCCUGGGCCCAGAUUUCGGCUAUGUGACCCGGGAGCCCCUCUUUGAGACUGUCACCAGCCUUGAUUCUUUUGGGAACCUGGAGGUCAGUCCCCCAGUGACCGUGAACGGCAAGAGAUACCCCCUGGGCCGGAUCCUCAUCGGGAGCAGCUUUCCUCUGUCCGGCGGUCGGAGGAUGACCAAGGUGGUGCGGGACUUCCUGCAGGCCCAGCAGGUGCAGGCGCCCGUGGAGCUCUACUCUGACUGGCUGACCGUGGGCCACGUGGACGAGUUCAUGACCUUCGUCCCCAUCCCGGAGACAAAGCAAUUCCUGAUGCUCAUGGCCAGCACCUCGGCCUGCUACAAGCUCUUCCGAGAGAAGCAGAGAGAGGGCUAUGGGGAGUCCAUCAUGUUCAAAGGCUUGGGCGGGAUGAGCAGCAAGCGCAUCACCAUCAACAAGAUUUUGUCCAGUGAGAGCCUCGUGCAGGAGAACCAGUACUUCCAGCGCUGCCUGGACUGGAACCGCGACAUCCUCAAGAAGGAGCUCGGGCUGACAGAGCAGGACAUCAUCGAUCUGCCCGCUCUGUUCAAGAUGGAUGAGAACCGCCAGGCCAGAGCCUUCUUCCCGAACAUGGUGAACAUGAUUGUGCUCGACAAGGACCUGGGCAUCCCCAAGCCGUUCGGGCCGCAGGUGGAGGAGGAGUGCUGCCUGGAGACGCACGUGCGCUCCCUGCUGGAGCCCCUGGGCUUCUGCUGCACCUUCGUCGACGACAUUUCCGCCUACCACAAGUUCCUGGGCGAGGUCCACUGCGGCACCAACGUCCGCAGGAAGCCCUUCGCCUUCAAGUGGUGGCACAUGGUGCCCUGACCCGCCGGGGCCGGCGCUUCCCUCCUCCCCUGCGUUCUCCAGAGCCCUCGUGCCCCCAGAGCUUGCCCCUGCCUGCCGUGGACUGGGUGGCCCCGCUGGGAAACCCUCAGGAGGUGGGGAGGGUCUGAGAUAGCUGUGCCUUGCCUCCCUCAGAAGGACCUCGUGUCCUCUGAAGUCCCCCCCCCAGCGAGCCUCAACUCUGCCCUUCCUGACGAUAGCUGGGCGUUUGGCUGUGUCUGUACAGCCCUGACAUGAGAUAUGAAACAAAACCAAGAGCCGUGUCCCCAAACCAUUCUCCAGAGAUCCUUAGUCUCUUGUCCAAACUGAAAUGCGGGGAGAAGGGAAGGCAGCCCUGGAAUCACCGGUUCUCCCGGCAGCCAUGCCCCGAAGGUUAAGGUAGAGCAUGUAGAAAGGGACCCUGAGACCCCGGACGUACCUUGAAGUGCCAUCACCAUUUCAAAUUCACCUCCCUUGGGGUAUCCAGGUGGCCGCCUCCAGUUAUUCAUUCCUUACCAGCCUCUCUCAAAUCCCUUGGCUUUCUCUCUGCCGUGUAGACCCCGUUGGCUAGCCUCCCCACCCCUGAGGGUCCAAUCAUUUCGCCUGGAAGCAGACGUUAUCAGAGCGGCCUUCUCCAUUUUGGAGAUGCUCCUCCCGCCUCCUCUUUCUCCUGCACGCAGCCUCUCCCACAUGCUUGGGAGUUUCUCCCCAGACCAGCAUCCUCGUGGCCUCAGAGUUCAGUGUGUAAAGAUGCCCCAGGGUCAACCAUGUCCAUCUUCUCUUGCCUGGUUCUCGAUGCUCUGGCCAGUUCCUGACCUCCCGCCUCUCACGGCCUCGACUCCCUAUUCCUCAUGCCAUCUCUCCAGGCAGCUAGAUAAGGGCUUCACCACCAGCCAGGCUCAGACCUUCCCCAGGGUAUAAUCAAAGACCCCUCUUCCCCAGACCUCAGACCCAGCAUAUAAGGAUGCUGGCCCAGCCUCUAGCCCCAACAGCCGGUUCUGCGCCAGCUGCUGGCCUUAGAGACGGAUCACUUAUCCCAUUAAAGUUCAGCAUUUGCUGAAGACCCUCUCAUUUGGACAUAACCAGAUUAAUUCUCUGGCUCCAGCUGAAAAGACUCAGUUUCAACCAAAAAAAGUUCCUUUAGGGCCAGCUGAUGUCAGGAGAAUAAGUAAAUCAUAAUUCCUCUUUGAAGUUUAAAAAAGAGCCAAUUUAUAACUAAUGAAAUUUCCUUCUUGGAUUAUUUCAUUCAUUCAUUCAACAAACAUUUGUUGUGUGCCUACUAAAUGCCAGGCACAGUGUCAGGCUCUGAGGAUACAAAGGUUAGUAGCAAAUUGGACCUGGUCCCGGCCUCAUGGAGCCAGACAGUUCCCAGCAUGCAGCCCCCCACUUAUACGGCCAGCAUCUGCCCUCUCAGUGACCUGCUCUUUAGAAACGCCAGUCCACUAGAUUCAAGAAAGGCCCGGGGCACAGACCUUUCUGCAGGUCACUGUCGCAGUGAAAUCAGAGGAGGGGUCUUCUUUAAACAGGCCUCCUUCCCAUCCAGCUGGGCCAGGACCACCGGACAGAUCAGACCCCAGAGCCUUCAGAAGCUGUUGUCCCCACUCUGGGGACAGUGGCCCUUGCCUUUAGGGGCCAAAGCCCCAGCUCUUCUCUCCAGCCCCCGAGCUGGACACCAAGUGCCUGUCUGAGGGUGUUUAUCUGGAGACUUAGAGUUUGUCAUGUUUGACUUAGAGUGUGUGUUUGGUUAAUGUGGGUUUGGGGUGGCUUUCAGUUUGUUCUAGUCUACCUUAAGGGGAAGUGAGCACCUCCCGUGUAGAGACAGUGUGUGUUUAUAGAUUUUUCUAAGGCUCUCCCCAUCAUGUCGGUAAUUUCUGAUGCUCCCCCAGGAUUCAGACGCCCGUUCCUAUCUUGCUUGCCCACCCAGUGUGACCACCCUUGGUGUGGACGCGCCCCCUCCCCCCGGCCCGUGGACUCAUUGCUCUCCCCACCCCUGACUUUCCAUAAAUAUAGGCCUAGAAUACACUUCUGUGUUGCAAAACUCAGCUCAGUUCCUGUUUCAAUCUUUAUUUUGAAAUACUUUAUGUAAGAGGGCAGGGGGUGUCACGAAGAUGGCAAGAAGUGGGGCACAGUUGCAACUUUCUGGACAAAAGGCUGUGAUGGGGAUGAAAAGACGUUUGGGGAAGAGCCUGAUUAAACAGCAAUAAAAUAAACGGUCAGAGGGGCAGUCACCAGACUGUUAGUGUGAUGU